AUGGCCCUCGGAGAGACCGACAGGCUGCUUCCCGACAACGGACCAAACGACGAGCCGCACCGGCAUGCGGCUCCUCCUAAUCCGCUUCCGAGAGUGCAGCUCGGCGUGGUUUACGCAAUAAAGCUCAUUAUUCCGAUCGCAGGGACGCAGGUAUAUCCGUACAUCAACCUACUGGUCGCGGAACUCGCGUCGUCUGAGGGCGCCAAGACCGGAUACUACAGCGGGCUUGUGGGAAGUGCUAGUGCUGCUGCACAUCUCUUGACCAUCUAUUUAUGGGGACGACUCUCUGAUAAGUACGGGCGUAAACCCGUGAUAAUUAUUGGAACCGCUGGAACUGCAUUCUUCACCGUUCUCUUUGGAUUUUCACGCUCCUUCAUCACUGUGCUGUUAACUAGAUUCCUCACUGGAAUCUUCUCCGGAACGACCGGAGCCAUCCAUUCCGUGGUAGGGGAGCUCGCGGAUCCCACAAACGAGUCGACUGCAUUUCCGCUGUACGACAUCGUCUCUGCGAUCGGCUUUGCUGUUGGACCUCUUAUUGGUGGUACCUUUGUCAAUCCUGCGGAUCAAUUCCCCGGCUGGUUCGAUACGCCAUUCUGGAGAACUUACAAAUACUUACUGCCUUCGUUGGUGACUUCGCUGGUUGCACUCGUCGCGUUAUUCCUUGCCGUGUUCGUGCUGGAAGAAACACAUCCGACAAAACGACGGUCGCGCAUCGCACUGAUCAACGAGGUACCCAGUGAGGAUGAAGACGUGCGUGAAGAAGCAGACGUGAGCGGCAAGCCUCUUGGUGUCAGAACCCUCCUGUCCAUGCCUGUCGUCCGCAUGGUUUGCGCGUCUAGUGGGGCGCUCGCGUUCGUUGCAGGAUGUUUCAACACAGGCUUUGUUCUCCAAGCAUAUACUCCGAUAUCAGACGGCGGGUUGGCCUUGUCGCCCUCAGAAAUCGGUCGGGCUAUGGCCAUUAUGGGCACGGUUUCCAUGUUCCUCAAGCUCUCCAUGCCCUUCCUUCUGCGACGUUUUGGUGUUCUGACGGUGUUCAGAUUCUGCAUGCUCUCAUGGCCUGUCACCUUCGCUUUUAUGGCUAUGCUGUCUAUCAUUGCCAAGCAUUCAGAGAUGGCCGAAGGCAAAGCAUUGGAGUGGACCGCCGUGAGUUUCGUACUGUUUCUGUCACGGAUUGGCUGCAUGGCGUUUUCAAUUAUCAUGAUUCUCACUAAGGAUCACACUCCUGGAACAUCAUCGCUGGGUACAACCAACGGAAUGGCGGAAUUUGCUCAGUCUCUAGCCUCUGUAUUUUCUCCAACUAUCAUCAGCUCACUCUUUGCCUUUUCUUCGUCUAAACACAUUCUUGGCGGGUACUUCUGGGUUAUCGUGAUGGUGGGCAUCACGCUGCUGGGUGGUUCAUUCGCCGAGGGUAUGAAGAAAUAUCGAGAUGAUUGA